AUGUUAGCAACAACUUCACCAAACUCUUUAGUCAUGAACCCUACGUCAAUGUUGGUAGAGAUGAAAAGCUUCAUUCCUUCUUCAUAUACUUUCGAAACAAAAAUCCAGAAGAUAAAGCAAGAACUUCUCCAAGGAGAUUUAGAUUGCACUGCAAAAGAUGAAACAAAUGAACAAUAUCUUUAUGAAAUGCAGGACCUCAUCGACCAUUUACCCAAAUUGCCUGAAAUUCAGCAGCAAAAACUCACUAUUCCAGAAUUUGACGAAAUAGAAGUCAAAGCAACUGACUCAGUAGAAAUAAAGAAGUUCAUACGAAAGGUAAAUUAUGAGUUUCUUGGAUUUCAUUGCAACCACAAAGUCAUGGACAAAGACUGCGACAUGGUAUAUAAGAACAUCUCUGACAUAUAUAAAUCUGAAGAAUUUAAGACCUACGACAACUUUGUUUCGUUAGUUGCAAAAUGUGUAUGGCAGAUAAGAGAUAAAGAUAGAAGAGGUAAAGUAUGGAACGAACAGAUAAAACCAGCAACUUUUGAGUUAAAG